AUGUUUGAAAAAAUGCUUGAUAGACUAUCUCAGGGAUGGUACAUAAUUACGUACGCACUGGGUAUAUACCAUUUAAAUUUAUUUAUUGCAUUCCUUACACCAAAAAUAGAUCCAGCUAUGGACGAGUUUGAAGAUGAUUCUGGCCCAUCGUUGCCAACCCGAGCAAAUGAAGAAUUCAGACCAUUUAUUCGCCGACUACCUGAAUUUAAAUUUUGGUACUCGGUAAUAAAAUCUACAUUACUGUCAAUAUUUUUGACAUUUUUCCAAUUUUUUGACGUUCCUGUAUUUUGGCCCAUUCUUGUCUUAUACUUUAUUGUUCUAUUUUGUAUAACAAUGAAACGCCAAAUAAUGCAUAUGAUCAGAUACAGAUACUUACCAUUCACUCACAGUAAACCCAAAUAUCAAGGUCAUGAUGAGAGUGGAAAGCUAUCUCUAAUUCCAGAAAAAUUGGUACCAGUUGUCACUCAAAAUGUAACGUGA